AUACAUACACGAAAGCGUCGCUGCAUAAAUAACGCAUUUUGCUUAAAAAUGGCGUCGCUUAUCUGUGCCGUGCCCAGGACCCGUGAGGCCUUGUUGUAUUCAAUACUAUUAUCGUCUCGCUUCAACAACAAUCCCACUCCAAAACUCAAAUCAUUUUCCAUUCAACUCUCAAUUGUUCCUCAACCUCAUCGCCAUUGUCCUUGCAGUAGUAGUAGUAGUAGUAACGGAGGAGGAGUAGUAGGUGUUUCUGUUGGUAAAGAAGAGGGACAACUACUCACAAGCCCCCAGCUCGUCGCCUUAGAAUACUCCGACCUCAAUCUCUCUCACAAUUUUUCCCAGGACUUGGGUCAUGUUCGAAUUAGGCAACAUGUGAACCCUCUUUGUGCGUCACUCUCGGUGCCGGCACCAGUUCCAGACUGGAGUGAAGUAUAUAGGGACUCGACAUUGCCACUUAUGGUGGAUAUAGGGAGUGGUAAGAAACAAACGACUCCUGAUGCUUUCAACAUUAUUUUUCUCUUUCUCUAUUGAUGUUAUUGUCACUUGACUUGAUAUACGUUGUUCCUAAUAGCUUAAACUUUCAGUUUCGGGACAAUUGGUGAUCUAACAUGGUAUUAGAGCUUUGGUUUUCUGGAGGUCUUGGGUUCAAGUCUUUUCCUUUGCAUUUGUUUCCAAUUUUCAUUUUGCUUCUUUGCAUGUAUGAAUGUUUCACAUUUUCACGUGCAAGAUGAGGUUACACAUGAGGGAUGAUGUUGGGUAGCUUGAUAUACAUUGUUGAGAGAGAGUGUUGGACAACUUGAUAUAAUUGUUGGACUUAUUUUCUAUGGACUUAAAACUUUUGAGAU